AUGGAUACUUCCUUUGCUUCCAAUGCAUCGAUGUUUAAAUCUGUACUCAUUGCAAAUCGAGGUGAGAUUGCAGUACGUAUCGCUCGCACUUUAAAAAAAAUGGGUAUUCGAAGUGUUGCAAUUUAUUCUGGAGCUGAUCGUAAUUCUCAACAUGUAAUUGCAGCUGAUCAUGCUGUUGAACUUAAAGGAAAUACAUCUGAAGAAACGUAUCUUUCUGGUGAUUUAAUUAUUGCAACAGCAAAAUCACAAAAUGUUCAAGCAAUUAUUCCUGGUUAUGGUUUUUUAUCUGAAAAUGCUGAUUUUGCUAUACAAUGUGAAGCAGCUGGUCUUAUUUACAUCGGUCCUACACCAGAACAAAUCCGUCAAUUUGGACUUAAACAUAUUGCUUAUGAACUGGCAGCUUCUGCUAAGCUACCACUUUUACCUCAUUCAGGUCUAUUAACUGAUAUUGAAGAUGUCAAGUUACAAGCACGUUCUAUUGGUUAUCCAGUUAUGUUAAAAAGUACAGCAGGAUCAGGUGGUCAUGGAAUAUUACGAUGCUCGGACGAAAAUGAACUAAUGGACGCAUGCGAAAAAGUACGUCGUUUAGCUUCUAAAUUCUUUAAAAAUACUGGUAUCUAUCUGGAACGUUGUAUCGAUGAUGCCCGACAUAUUGAAGUACAAAUGUUUGGUGAUGGUCAUGGUCAUGUAAUAACACUUGGUGAACGAGACUGUUCUCUACAACGUCGUAAUCAAAAAAUUGUUGAAGAAACACCAGCGCCUAAUUUAACAAAUGAUGUACGUUCUCGUCUUCACGAUGCAGCUCUUCGAUUAGGUACUUUAGCAAAAUAUCGAUCAGCAGGUACUAUUGAAUUCGUAUACGAUCGUACAAGUCAAGAAUUCUACUUUCUUGAAGUAAAUUGUCGUUUACAGGUGGAACAUCCAAUAACCGAAGCUAUUUUUGAUAUUGAUCUUGUUGAAUGGAUGGUAAGUUUGGCUGCUGGACAUCCACCAAAAGCUCUUUACAAUGUACCAACAUCUCGAGGUGCAGCAAUCGAAGUACGACUUUGUAGUGAAGAACCUGUACAUGAUUUUCGUCCUUCGUCUGGUACACUUCAUGAAGUAUUAUUUCCAAGCAAUGUACGUGUCGAUACUUGGAUUACGAAUGGUACAGAAGUAUCACCUUAUUAUGAUUCUUUAUUAGCUAAAGUCAUAGUACAUGGUAAUAAUCGUAAAGAAGCUAUCGAACGUAUGCAACGUGCUUUAGAACAUACUCGCUUAAUUGGUAUUAGUACUAAUCUGGAUUUUCUUCGUCAUGUUAUUGGUUCAUCAUUUGUUACUAGUGGUAAUUUAUCUACUAAGGUUUUAACGGACUAUUUUAAAUAUCGACCGAACGCCAUAGAAAUAUUAAAACCAGGAACGUAUACAACUAUUCAAGAUUAUCCUGGUCGUGUCAAAUUUUGGGAUGUAGGUGUACCACCAUCUGGUCCCAUGGAUAGUUACGCAUUUCGUUUAGCUAAUCGUUUAGUUGGUAAUACUGAAGAUGCUGCCGGACUCGAAUGUACAUUAGACGGACCAUUUUUAUACUUUCAUACUUCUAGUACCAUUGCUAUUACAGGUGCUACAAUGAAUGCAACGCUCAAUAAUACACCUGUUGAUCUAUGGAAGCCAAUACUCGUACAAGCUGGACAAACAUUAAAACUAGGACAUGUCGCAUCUGGUUGUCGUACGUACAUUGCUGUUCGUGGUGGUUUCGAUGUACCGUCGUAUCUCGGCAGUCGUUCUACUUUCGUUCUUGGACAAUUUGGUGGUUAUGCUGGUCGAACUUUAACAUCAGGUGAUAUGUUAUUCAUUGGUAAAUGUAUUAGUAAUCAAAUUCCAUCAACUGUAUCAAAUACUAUUAUACCUCAGUAUCCAGUCGAAGGUGAAGAAUGGCAAGUUGGUGUGUUAUACGGACCACAUGGAGCUCCUGAUUUCUUUGCAUCUGAUUAUAUUGAAAAAUUCUUUAGUACUACGUGGCAAGCUCAUUACAAUUUAAAUCGUUUAGGUGUUCGUUUAUUAGGACCAAAACCAAGUUGGACUAGAACAGAUGGUGGUGAAGCUGGUCUUCAUCCUUCAAACAUUCAUGAUUGUGAAUAUGCUGUAGGUAGUAUCAACUUUACUGGAGAUACACCAAUUAUUCUCUGUCAAGAUGGACCAAGUUUAGGUGGAUUCGUUUGUUUAGUUACCAUUGCUAAAGCAGAACUUUGGAAAAUUGGUCAAGUUAAACCUAACGAUCGAAUUCGUUUUUAUCCAAUUACUUUCGAUCAAGCUUUACCAUUGGAACGUGAUCAAGAUACUUUAAUAAAUACAUUGACAAAAUCAGUUUCUACUAUACCAUUACCAUUAUUAUCUUCAUCACCAAUCGAAUCAUUACAAUGUAUACUUACUGAACUACCUGCAACAGCUACACGACCAUCUGUAAUCUAUCGACAAGCAGGUGAUCAUUAUAUUCUCAUUGAAUAUGGUCCAAUGCAUCUUGAUUUAUGUUAUCGAUUUCGUGUACAUCUACUUAUGGAAGAACUACACGAUCAUCAUCCAGUCGAAGGUAUAUUAGAAUUAGCACCUGGUGUACGUUCACUUCAAAUUAGAUAUGAUAGUCGAAUAAUUCAUCAAAAACAAUUACUUACUGCAUUACUGACUGCUGAAGAUCAUUUGCCAACGGAUGAAAAUACUAUACGAGUAAAAAGUCGCAUUGUAUAUUUACCAUUAGCUUUCGAAGAUUCAGCUACACUUGAUGCUGUAAAACGUUAUCGAGAAACGGUAAAAGAAUCAGCACCAUGGUUACCAAAUAAUGUUGAUUUUAUUCAACGUAUCAAUGGACUUUCAUCUCGAGAUGACGUACGAAAAACUAUUUUCGAUGCAUCAUAUCUAAUACUUGGUCUUGGUGAUGUUUAUCUUGGUGCGCCUUGUGCAGUACCUAUCGAUCCACGUCAUCGAUUAAAUACUUCGAAAUAUAAUCCAGCACGCACAUUUACAGCUGAAGGUACUGUAGGCAUCGGUGGUGUUUAUAUGUGUAUCUAUGGUAUGGAUUCGCCAGGUGGAUAUCAACUUAUUGGUCGUACAUUACCUAUUUGGAAUACGUUUACUCGUAAUACUGCAUUCAAAGAUGGUAAACCAUGGCUUCUUCGAUUUUUCGAUCAAGUUCGUUAUUAUCCUGUGGAUGAAGCAGAACUUACUAUACAACGUCAAGCAUUUCGUGAGGGACGUUUAAAUAUACGUAUUGUGGAAGAUAAUGAAUUUAAUUUAGGUGAAUACAAGGCUUUUCUUAAACGUGAAUCAGAAAGUAUUACAAAUUUUACUACAAAACAGGCUACUGCAUAUGCUGAAGAAGUAUCAUAUUGGCAGAAUGAUACUAAUGAUAUAAAUGAAUCCUCAAAGAAUGAUAAUGAAAUAAAAGAAAUACGAUCAGAUUCCGGUCCGGAAGUAACUAUUUGUGCAGAUAUUUGUGGUAGCGUAUGGAAAAUACUUGUAGAACAAGGUCAAAUAGUUGAAGAAAAUGCACCCGUUAUUAUACUUGAAGCAAUGAAGAUGGAAUUAACUAUUCGAUCUCCAAUUACUUGCAAAAUUUCUUCGAUAUUAUGUAAUGUUGGUCAAUUAGUAAAUGCCAAGGAUGUUCUUCUAGAAAUUGAAGCUGUUUAG